UUCAAUUUUGCUUUAUUUGUUUACUUUCACUAGUUUAAUGCCAGUGCAUUGCCACCAAGCAAAGGAUAUCUCGUCAAAGGGUACUCGGGGGAUGAAUUCGUUAGGUGUAAGCAAAAAAGUAGCAGACAGCUAGCCGUUGUGCCUUAAAGAAAAUUCGGUGUGCCUUUAGACGUUGUCUUAGUCAUUGCUGCGAUUCAUUGGAAAUUGCAUCACUCCAUAAUGUUAUUUAUAUUUACAUUCCAAAUUUGUCAGGUGGAAUUAUUUACAUCAGUUUUCAUUAUUUUUAGCAUGUAAUUAUUGUAUCCUAAGUGUUAAAUUGGCCCACUUGUUCCCGACCAAACUAUGCAAAUAGUCGUGGAAAGUUAUGAAAAUAUUUUCAAACAUAUAAGACGGUGAAAUUAUCUACUAUUGGAAAGAAAAAUCAACUUAAAAGAGGAUUUGUGGAAGGAGAAACAAAGGAAAAUAAAAAUCAUAAAGGUCCUUUUCCUUUCUGAGGUGAUUACAUAUUAUUCUCUUUUUCUUUGCGUUUUCCUCAAAAAAACUUCUCAGGGGAUCAGACUUUCCCUUUUUUUAAGGGCAGGGGAUCAGACUUUCUAGUAUAACAUAGAUAGUUUCCACUUACAUGUAAACAUAAAUUUUCAAUAGGGCCAUGGAAUCCUCUGUCAGCAUGUUUACCUUUUGUAUGACAAGUAUUUAUUUACUACAUGAAUUUCCAGUUACAAUAUAACUUGUAUUUUUUUAUGAAGCUAUUUUCGAGCCAAUGAUGUUUACAGAGCCCUCAAAUUGCUUCAUCUUCAAUGGCACUUGCAUGCGGCAUGGACCUACUCACAUGUUACAAAUUGUAUCAAUAAAGCUGGCUAAAAUUCAUGUGAAUGGUGGGCCAAUAGCGUUGUAUGGAUACAUAGCACUGCGGGAUAAUCUGGAUCCAUUGCUUAAUUAUGUCGUCAAAUUUAGCAGGGAUGAUCCCAGAGCCAUUACUUUGGAGCAGGGUUCUCUCAUCAACUUGGCUGGCCCUAAGCGAGGGAUUAAUUAUCUGGGUGAUAUUUUUAUCGAAUACGAUAUGAGGAUCAAGACUGUUGGACCAGAAAAGCAUGAUCCACAACUGAUCGAUGGCGUAUCAAUACUAGGCAACAUGGGCGUACGGAAUCGUAGUGUGUUCACGAAUCGCAUCCAUGGCAAUUGUGGUGCAGUUGACAUAACCUUUUCAAGUCUUGAAAAUGCAAUUGAGGCGACUGUAGAAGUUGCCAUAUCAGAAGUGCAAAGCAGUUUCAAUCUGUCUCUUGGCUGUUUUACCAGUGGGUUGAAUGAAGAAAUUCGGCUCUUUGAUGGCGUCAUUGGUGAGAUGCGGAGCUUAAAAAGGUCUGUGGUUGCUGUGGUGAUAGAUUCUUGGAUACACUUGAAGUUCAAGGUUGGUACAGAGCGAUCCAGUUCCACUGAACGUGAUUGUUUCUUCAAUGCUGGCAACCACGGGUCUAGUGCUCGAAAGAUUAAGACUGAUUUUGCGUUAAUCUCAGUGAAGGUGAUCUGGUCGCCUUUGCCUGAUGGGUUCUAGGUUUAUUUCAAAUUCAUCACACCCUUUGGAUAAACUUUGUCGAAUAGUGGUGAAUGUAACAAGUUGUCAGUCGAGUCGUGGGCCUGUGGCGAGCAUGCAUGGUUUGUAAUCAAACCAGUGUCCAAGUAGGUAUUUGUACUCUCUGCAUGUGUAUUCGAAGCGGUUUGUAUCCUCCACAAGUGAUCAGAUGAUCGUUCAUCUGAUGAUUUGAUUGCUGGGAUGGUCAGCUAAUUCUGAAGCUUGCUGUUAAAAAAAUUCUGUUGAUGUCCUGGCUGGGUAAAAAGGACUGCUUGCCUGGUUGAGAAGGGAACAUUUCAGCUGAAGAAGGUGCUGAUUGUGGAACAAGCUACAACUGUGAAGUUGUUUGAGAUAAGCUUGUUAGGUGACUAUUAUUCUCCCCCCUGGUUUUGUUCCCAGCUACAAAGUAGAGAUGGUGAUGACUCAAGAAGUCAAGAUUCGUAUCUGUCCAGUACCUAGCACUUUGUUGACAUGAGAAAUUUUAGAAGAAAGGCACAAGCAGCCCCCGGCUAAAUUGAUAAAGCCCAAACUGACAUGAGAGCUGAGAGGUGCUGAUUUUUAUCUGCAUGGGCCUGUGAUUUGCUUUUGUAGUUUGUAUGCAUGUACGUUGAAGAUGAGUAGAUAGUAUG